AUAUGGAUUGCAUCCCUGAUUGGGCUCACGGUUGCUGGUAGCCUUGGAGGCUACGGUGGGCCCAGCGGUGGUGAUGCUGCUGGUGACUCUGGUGGAGGGGGCUCGGGAUGGCAGCCAGAGGCCGGCGGCGGUGGCAAGGGAGGCUCGUCCGGUGGCGGGUGGCAACCCCAGGGGGGUGAUGCUGGAGCGGGCGGCAGUGGCUGGCAAGCUUCUGGCGGAGGUGGCAGCUCCGGUGGUGCCGGAGGCGGUGGAUGGCAGCCACAGGGUGGCGGAGGUGGCGGCUGGCAGCCACAAGGUGGUGCCGGAGCUGGUGGCUGGCAGGGUGGUGGCCUUGGGGCCGCCGGAGGCAGUGGUGGCCAUGGCAGCAGCGGUGGCGACGGAGUCAAGCAUAUUUAUAUAAUCCGCACCGUCACAACAACCGGUGCUGCUGGACACGGAACCGGUGGAAAGUCCGGCAGCGGAGGCGGCCAUGGAGGAUGGCAAGCCGGCGGCGGAUCUGGCGGUACUGGCGGCUCUGGCUGGCAAGCCGGCGGUGGCUCAGGUGGCUCUGGUUGGCAAGCCGGUGGAGGUUCUGGCAGCUCUGGCUGGCAAGCCGGUGGCGGAUCUGGUGGCGCUGGAUGGAAAGCAGGCGGUGGAUCUGGCGGCUCUGGAUGGCAAGCCGGCGGUGGCUCUGGUGGCUCUGGAUGGCAAGCCGGUGGCGGUGCAGGAGGCUCGGGCUGGCAGUCCGGAGGUGGCUCAAGCGGUUGGUCCAGCGGCGGUGGCGGUGCCGGAUCUGGCGGAUGGCCCAGUGGUGGAGGCAACCAUGGCGGCUCGGGUGGAUGGUCCAGUGGUGCAAGUGGUGGAUGGCAAGCCGGCGGUGGAGGCGGUCAUGGUGGCAAGGCCGUGGUGGAGCAGCGGGCGGUGUAA